AUGUCUGACAAGGAAGAAGUCAAAUGGGAUGCCUACUACUCCUGGGGCUUUCUCCAGACUCUGAUCGAGUUCUUUCAUGCUUCCAUCGCCAAGUAUGUAUUCAAGGGCGAUAAAGAGGAUGCCAGGAAGUUUCUCAAGGUCUGCGAUGCCAACGCAGAUGGCAAAUUGGACUUUGGCGAAUUCCUUGAAGCCUUGCUGGACGAGGACGCCAAUCAAAACUACAGGAACGCGCUAGUCUUGUAUUAUCCUUCGGAUACCGCCUAA